UCCCUUCCCAUCGCUCUCCACCCUCCUCCAUCCGUGCGAGGCAAAGCGAGACUGUCGGCAGCUUUGGCAAUGGUGCACAGUCGGAUAAUUAAAAUUCGUGGCUUCUAAGCGACAAGAUGAGCACGGCAUGCAUUGACGACCUUCCUGAAGUUGUGCUGGAGUACAUAUUCUGCUACCUUUCGCCAUACAGAGACUUCAAGUCGUGCAGACUAGUCAACAAAGCUUGGUACGCUCACGCCAAAGCGGCAGAACGCAAGCUACGCAGGGACUUCCUAAAUUCUGUGUCACUCCAAAAUGUUGUCUGGUGCCAAAAGCCAACAGAGUCGGGGCCCACCAUUUCGAAGCGCUACUCGCAUAGCGCCUGUGUGCUCGGGGACUCGAUGUACGUUUUCGGUGGUUGUACGAUAGCGAAUACAACUUUCAACGACCUUUGGCGCCUUGACCUGGCUACCCGGAGGUGGAUUCGGCCUCUGACAAUGGGUACCUACCCUCCACCCAAAGCAUGUGCGUCCCUUGUGCCGUACAAGGAAAACCUGCUACUUUUCGGGGGUUGGACACAUACAUCUCCAUACCCGUUACAUCAGGCUUGGCGCAUCUUCCGCCACCUGCACGUCUACAACUGCAGUGCCAACCGGUGGACCCAGGUGAGCACAGUCGGUGGCUGUCCAUCCAUGGCAGGCCACUCAGCCACCAUGCAAGGCCACCUCAUGGUGGUCUUUGGCGGUUUGCACUGCGCCAACCCGGUUGGGCCGUUUUCCAGUUCCAACGACAUCUGGGUCCUGGACCUACAGAGUUACGUGUGGAGCAAGCAAAGGACAACUUCACCAAAGCCAUGGCCUCGUUAUGGCCAUUCACAAAUUACUUUGGACGAAAAACACAUUCUUGUGGUUGGAGGCUGCGGGGGCCCUAACAUGCUUUUGAAUGAUGUCUGGUUGUUGGAAAUUUUUGACGACCCCGAAAAGCCAUGGAGCUGGAAGGAAGUCACGGUGACGAACAAGGAGCAUGCGGCACCACAGCUCUCGUUUCAUCCUGCAUGCAAGGUCGGUGAUCGGGUAGUUGUGCUGAGCAAAUCACAGCGAGCGUAUGCCUCACCUUCUGGGUUGCACCCUGCCGGAUUGAUGCGAGUGCGGCAAGCGCAACGUGUGUGGGUGCCUCCGAUUGAACAGCCAGCCAGGCCUCCGCCGUGUGAUAAUCAGCGGGAUGCAUGUGUCAACGGAACCCGAGGUGUUCUAAAGAGGCCUCUCGAGUCACCGCCUUCAUCAUCUUCCUCCACAUCUACCUCGACUACACUUAGCCAGCCCUCCACACCGCAGCAGAGCCCACCAGAUUUUGCUCUUCCCGGCUCAUCUACAGCCAGCAGUUCAAGCUGCGAUGAAGAAGACGAGACGAGUGACGACGUGGCACGGAGGUUGUCCUCUAAGAAGACGGCCAUGUCCACAGUUGGCAGUGCUCGCCCAUCAGUGCGCCCCAAUGCCCGGCACAAUCGGCAGAGGCAGCUAGAGCUACUCGACCGUAUGGAGCAGAGGCUCAAGGCCCUUAGAGCUGGAGGGGCAUCGUCUGUGCCAGUGCGUAGGCGGCCAUCCUUGCCCGUGUGCCCCAUGCGGCUCUACGUGCUGGACGUCAGUCAGGUGGCUCAGGCAGGCAAGGCAUCGUGGUUGCCGCUGCUGCCACAGGCAGCUGCGACCAGCACUUCCUCCAUGGUCGAAGAAGUGAUCCUGUACUCGCUGGUGCUGGGACGCGGGGAGUUGAUCCUCUUUGGCGGCAUCCAGAAAGACCUCGUCAACAAGCAGGAGGACACCGACGGCACUUCCGAGGUCGUCUCGAGCUCUCUGCACUUCAUCACAUCCAAGAGGGACGUCAUAUGAGUGCUUCACAUGCCCCUCCUCCCGCCGGGGUGGCUCCAACGAUGCUCGUUUUGUCGUUUUGCUUGCACGUGCAGUUUUUUGUUGGGAGUUACCGGCACGUUCCUUCUUGUCCCGGUCGUCAGCCAACCAAGCGGUGUGCUGCGUGCGUUCACAGUUUUCUGUUUCCCGGGAACGCUCGCAGCUCCGUAUUUUGGAGAGGGAGCCGAAAAGCAGAUGUGAUUUUUUUUUGUUGUUGUUACGUGUGCACUGUCGAUAAAGGUAACAUUGUACAGUGUCAAGCUUUUAUUGGGCUCUCCGCGGAGCCCUGCUUGCCGCGUCAAGUGAGAACGAAAGCAACCAUCGCGAAGACACUGCCGCAUGCAUGCCAAGAAAUUUCUUGUGCAGAGUUCUCAGGCUCCGAAAUAUCUUUAAGAAGGUGUUCACGAGGAAGAAAAAAAAAAAGUUUUUGGGACAGCAUGAGAGCAAAGUGCACGAAAGAAAGAUGUGGCUGAUAGAAGUUGACUUGUAGUUUUGUUGUGUCCCUUUGAUGUGUUCCUUUUCUCUUCCAACUUUUUAAACCAGAUAUGAAAGAUGCAAUCUUUUUCAAGUGCUAUCUAACUAUUGUGGAUAACACGUUGUAGAAGAAUGUAUAUGUAGAUGCAAAUGUGUGAGGAGUCAAAAUAACCAAAGCCACGAUCUGGGCUACCAGGUGCAGCUUAAACAAAAGCACCAGUGAAGUGUUGAACACCGCGUAACACCCUGUGCUGUGAUUCAGUGCGAAUGUGUCGUUUUAAAUGCACCUCUGGUUUGCAAUGUGCUUUUAUGUUUCUAACUUGUUACUAAGCUGAUACGCACAAUGUUAUAAUGUGUGAUGCUUCAAGAUGCUUGUGCAGGCAUUGAAGCCUGUCAUCAAGGCAGCUACAGAUAUGUGAAAUGCCAGUGUAAUGUGUUUGAAUGAAUAUUUAGCUUCAGUGAUGAAGCCAUCGAUUGAGUCUUUUGCUCAGGUUUAGACACAGACUUCAGGGUCUACGAGAUGCGCUACUCAAUGUUGACACCUAGCUCUUCCAUGUAAACACACAAGGUGCUUUUUGCGGCAGUUUUUCACGCUUCCUUCGCAUAACACCAGUUGUACAGCGCAUGCCAUGCAACAUUGAACUAUAUGUAAAAUUAGCUCCCCCUCACUGCAUAUUUGUUUUCUAUCUUGCUAAAAAAUCAACUGGCGUAAAUGCACCAUGCUGUGAUUUUGGAGAUCUUGCUAAUCCUUUCUUGGGCUGGCUAAUUUUGUUCAUUUAAAAAAGAAAUUGCGUUGCUUUUAGUGUUGAAGGUACAGUUAAACCUUGAUGUAAUGAACUUCAAUGCAAUGAAAUCGUCAGUGUGACAUUGUUUUGCUUUACAUGACCUACUGUCCACAGUGUACAUAUCUCAGUAAAGGUAUGUUUACCCACAGUUUAAAUGUAACAAUGUUUUCCCACUGUUGCAAGGGAAUACAGGGGCACUGCGUGGACAUUGUGUUGUGGGAGCUUUUGGAGCCCUGGUUUACUGAAAGUUACUUCCGUUACCCGCUCAAUGCUUUAUUUUCAUCACAUAGCCCAAAGCUGUGUGAUGGAAAUAAAGCUGCUGGUGUUCCUAUGUUUACAGUACUAUGUAUAUGUAUGAAACACAGUCUGUUUGUGAUCUGUGCACAUUCAGGACAGUGUGUAGUGGAGGCGCCUGCAGAGAGCUGUGUACUUGCAUUGUAUGUACGCUCUCAACACUGAUGUACACAGGGGAAGCACAACAGGGUUAGCUAUGAAGCAAAUGAAUAAAUAUUUCGUGUAGGUGCUGAGGUUCGAUAGUUUGAGAAUGAGGCUCGAACACUCAGCUGCUGAAACAACCAAGACAGAUGAGUUCAUACUGAAAUAGGAGAUGAAAGAGUGUGCUACAGUAUUGACAAUUAUCUGUGCGAUUCAGCCACAUAUACUAUUGCCUUAAGUAUACGUGUGUGAGCUGAGCAAAAGCGGAAAUUUUGAUAAUUUCUUUUUGAAGUGGCAGCUAGCAGAUUAUUUUGUACCUUAGUUGUGAUUAUCAGGUUGUUGCAUUGAUGUGAUGGGAAUGUUAAUGUAAAACAGCUAUCCAGAACACAGGUGUGCUGUGUUUAUGUGUUGCACUAACUUGUUUUCUUGCCAAGACCUUUUAUUAUUGAUGUCAAACACUAAUUUGUUGUUGUAGUCACUGAAAAAUAGUAACUGCUUAUAGUAUUUUAAUAUUGGCCGCCGCGUUAGUACAGUGGUAUCGGCGCUCAACACCCAAAAGUUGUGGGUUCCAUACCGGCCGCUGCAGUGUCACAUUUUGAUGGAGGUGAAAUGCUAGAUGCCCAUGUACUUAGUUUAGGUUCAUAUAAAGAGCCCCAGCUGGUUGAAAUUGCCGGAGACCUCCACUAUGGUGUGACUCAUAAUCAUAUUGCAUAUCGUGGCUUUGGCACGUAAAAUGCCAGAUGUUAUUGCUAUUAGUAAAGUUGGUGUCACGGCGAAAUGAGUAGUGCACGAAACAUGGUCUCAUCUUAAAUUAUUGUUACAGAUGUAAGACUGGAACGUCAUCCACACUUUUCACCACGAAGUGUUUCAAAAUGCUACUAAACACAGUACAUGUAAUGUGGAUUCUGUUAAUUAUCCAUUUUUGUUCCAAGGCUUUCUUGUACGUUGCAUUGAGGAGUAGUUCUUUCUCCAUACAUGUUCCAUCACAUCUGGCCAUGUGCCGUGUCUGUUAAACAUCUGUAACCGAACUAACAUCGCACGUGCUGUAUUACUUCAUGCCGAAAGUGACGCCAGAGCUUUAGAUCAGUUACGAUUGUUUGCAGAACAUUAUAAACAAAUGUGGUGCUUGUUGUUAGACUUUACUUGGAACACGAAACAGUGGCUGCCAGCUAAGACGUCUUUCCUUUACUGCUCUCCCCGAAAUUCACUGCCAGUAGCAUUAGGUGGAGUUUAUUGACGAGAUGAAAUGUUAGUGCUCAUCAAUUUUGUUGACUCGGGAGACGAGAUUUCAAGCAUGUGGUACGUAGUUCAGUUACGUUGAACGGGCAGUGAAGCGCUGUGGAAAUGAGGGGAGUUUUAUGAUAAAAGUAAGAACAGACCAAGAAACUGGGACAAACACUGAAGGACACCCGACGCUUGGUGUGCCGUUCUUUGUAUGUCCCUGUUUCUUGUGCUGUUCAUAUUUUUAACGUGGAUGACCAUCACGCCUAAGUCUCCGCCUUUCAUAGUUUUAUGAGAGCAAAUAUCUUUCGUCCACCAGAACUUACUAGCAUGAUGCUACAUGAGCAAUCCGAAUGGGCUCCUGUGUCCUAUGUGAGGGAAGCUUUCCAGUUGAAAAAGAAUGCAAUUUGGUCUGGAGAUUGAAUCCCAUACCGCUGCCCUUCUGAAGCAAUCAUCAUGGCAGCUCUACUCUCCAAGAAGCUAGCAGAUGGUAGGGUGACAGUGAAUCGACAGCUCUGGAUGUGCAGGCACAUUAAAGAAGCAACUGCACUCUUUGGAAAUGCUCAAUGUUUAAUUAAAACUUUUUGUGGAAGCAGAACCGACAUCCGCCCAGAAUUAGCACGCCUGAAAUUAGCACCUUACUGCCUAGCAGUGUUCGUAUGUUAGCUGGAAAGUCACUUAAAUUAGUUACUUUUUAGUAACCUUAACUACAACUUUACUUUUUUAUGGAGUGUUUGUGACUUUUCAUACUAUUUUUAGUGCAGUAAAUAGCCAAUAAUGUUUCUCCAUGAGAUUCUUUGCAAACAUUUGGCUAAGCCUAAUGCAUUGGCCUCCUUUUUAUUCCUAAGGGAAAAUAUGUGUCACUACUAAAGACAUACGAGGCACUUAUUUGCAGAUCAUUUGGUUUGUGAAACCUUUAUUCUUUCUAGGCAAGCAGCAAUCUUGAGACUCAGCCCUGCUUUAGAAAGUCGUGAGAUAAUAAACCACUGAAUCACCACUGAUGGAAACAAUUCAAAGGUUCAGUUUUUUUUAAUAUUAAGACAAACUUCUAGAAACAAUUAAGGUGUAGAAGCAAGAAUAGGUCCAAGCAAGUUGUUGCCACUCAGCCAGUUUCCACUAAAGAUGGGAGUGUUUUGGCCUGUAACCUGAUGAAUUUGUCUAAAACAAAGUUACAAACACUGCUGAAUAGCAACAGAGUAUCUGCAGCGGCCUUUGUAGACAAUGGAUAAUGAUACCUUUCAGAAUUACAGAUAGGUGGGCAAGUUGGUUUGGGUUCAUAGUGAUGGAAAGGCAGCGCUAGAACGAACACGAAAGGGACGAGAAGAAGAAGAUGGUUGUGAGUACAGCGCAUGUCCAGUCUUCUUAUCGUUAGUUUUGUAUUCAUUCUAGCACUGCCUUUCCAUCAUUAUGAAUCAGCCCCAUUUCAUCCUCCAGACAGUCGCCUCUGGACUAAACUUUCUCAGGAAUUAAAGUUCCUUUUGUUUUCCCCCUAAUUAUUGUGCCUGCCUACGACCUCCACAAAAUGUCGCAGGCUGUUUGUUGUGCCAGGUUCUAAAAUUGCUGGAGUGGUGGCUUGAUACCAAGAUUGGCUUCGAAGAAGAGCCCCGCCAGCUGAAGUUCAUUCGCAGCUCAACUGUACACUCAAACCUCAUUAUAACAAAGUCGCAUCUGCCACGAAAAUAACUUCGUUAUAUCCGAAAAUUCGUUAUAAACGUUUAUUUUUAACACUGUAGCUAUGGCAGGACUAUUCUUCAUUUACUUCGUUAUAACCGAUAAUUCGUUAUAUCCGUGUUCGUUAUAACGAGGUUUGAGUGUACUUGCUUUUUGACUGCAAGGCCUAGGAGGAUUGAAGAAAGUGAAAACUUGUUGUUUGUGCCCAAAAUAUUACUUGUGUCUUAUCUUUUGGCUAAGUAUUGAUGCGAUUUUCCAGAAUAUUGCCGAGACAUUAAAGUUUCAACCUAAAGCCAAUCGUGAGGCAGUGGAACUCCAGCUUCACUUUUUCGUCAUCUCCACUCUACCAAACUAGCACAUUGUUGCUAGUACGCAUAUUGUCUUGGUUGAAGGGCAACGCGCUAAACUGGCUAACGAAUAACACCAUUGUAGUAUAGCACGUUGUUGGGCUAGUUGGUGCAUUGCCAUUAAAGAAAUAUAUAUCCAGGCAAAAACGGGCAAAUGUAGUAAACGGUAAAGAAGACGGGGAAAGCUGCUAGCUGCUUUUCUGUCUUCACAGUUUCACGUGUUCGCUUUUGGCUGAAUAUAUAUUUCCUUAAUGGAAUAAUGGUACAUGUAGUUUUUUUUUUUCCAAAGACAUACAAGACUUGCAAGUUAUUGUUGGUUGACAUACUGUGUGUGCGUUAGAUUAGCCCUCUGGGUAUCAUGUCUAAAACUUUCCACGUUUCUACUAUCUUCUAGAUAUUGUGUACAGACUCCUGGAAUGUUUGUGUCAUAAUCUAACAAAACGUUUUGUGUUAGAAACUGUAUAUUUCUCUGAAUGCAGUUUGUCAUUUUUUUCAUGGCUGCCUCUUGUACAUUUGUCUUCUAAAAUGUUUUUGCCACCUCUGGAUUGUACUUUUGCAGCAUAACAGGAAAUAUUUUCUUAAAGACUGCUUACAUGCUUUCAAUUGCUAUGUUGCACCAUGAGCAAUCAAUCCGUGAAAAAAAAAGGUCAUUGUUCUUGUGUAUGCUCAUUGCUUUUCCAUCAGAAAGCACCGAGCAUGUAUGGCAUAACGUCUAGCAUAAGUACGGCUGAAAAGCUGCAAAAUUUUUGGAGUGUGUGACCAGGCUGGUGCGCAUGCAGUUCUUGAACUCUUGACGUGGCAGAAAGGAAAAAUAUAGGAGGAAGCUCUUCAAGUUAGUUGGCUCUCGCUAGCCAACUUCCUUCGAUACUGUUAAGUCUUCCAGAGUUCCCUUGCCAAGAGCUUUCACUUGCAUCGAAUCCUUGGAAACUGCACUGUGUGUGGCUUGCCUUAGUUUGUGGAAGGUUCGAGUACUACAGCUUUCCGCUUUGCCUGAACACCUACUUGGUGUUGUAGUGGCAACAUUAUCUCCGGAGUGUCCUCAUGAUUAGACAUGCAUUGUAACUUUCAAGUAGUGUAACAGUAGUACUACUAGCAAACAACUAACCCAGAGCCAUCAUGUAAUUGGGCACUGUUCCCAAUAAUCUUUUGCUUUGUGUAUUUUAUUAAGGAACUCAUUCCUGCUUUUUCUUUUGUUCUUUCUUCGUGUUUGUAAACAUAGGGGAUUGUACUAGCCAGCAGCUGCAAUGAUUUACGUUGUGAAAAAGAAAACCUAUGUGGCAAAAAAAGUCAUUGUAUAAAGUCCCUAACGGUGCACACAAGCUGUAUAAAAUUUUGGGCAUUGAUGUGUGUAAUAAGUAUUAACAAAAUAAAAUGAUUAAAUUUGC